AUGUAUGGUAUAAAUGGAAGACCAGUUUUUACUCAAGAACAAAUUGACAAAGAAUUGAAACAAGUGGUAUUACUGGAUCGAAUCCUUGCUGAAAAUGGUGCUUUGACAUUUAGGCAGCUGAAUGAUGUCGUCUUCAAAACUGAUAAGAGAAAUAAUUUCAAAACAUCGAACGAUCUGGUACAAUUCAUCGGGACGCGUACCAAUAUUUUUGAAGUGUCUUUCGAUCUAGUGAGGAAUCAUUCACAAGAAUUCCGUGAAAUGUUCGGAUAUUUGGUCAACUUUCUAUGUGUUCUCGAUCAGUCAAAGUGCAAUUUGGAAACUGUAUUUCACGUGAUCAUGCGAUGUAGUCCCAUAGUUGUAUCCAAAGUUGGAAACACGGAAAAAAAAGUACGCUACUUCCUAGAGAAACACAAAAAUUUUUUCAUUAUGUGCGAAAGCAAUGGCGUUAUGCUCAGCCGUAUAUGCAGGGAAAUUCCAUCAGCGUGGGAACGUAGAGCUUUACCCACUUAUAAGAAUGCCAUAAGAUAUGACAGAAGCAUUGUUUUGGAUGGUAUAGGCAAAGUUGUUAGCGCAGUGAGUAACACAGGAUAUAUUAAAAUUGAAAUAGUUCGAGGGCCCUGGAAGGCUCAAACAGUGUUCGGCUUAAGUAAGAAUGUAUCAAAUGAAGUGAACCUAGCAAAAAAAUAUCCUAUAGGGACAUUGGUGAAAAUCUUGGCUUAUCGGGCAUACGAAGCAGCUCAUCCUUGGACAGCUACGAAAGUGACUUCAGCUGACGACCAUGAUAAUAUAUGGUGUGUCGAAGAAACAGGAACGAUGGACAGAUUGCUUGAAAAAUAUCAACUUUUAGAAAUUGCUGACAAUUUGCAUAAUUAUUCACAUAAGGCGAUGAAUGAGUCUCCAGUGUUCAAUAGUGACUAUACAACUGCAGUGACCGAAGUGGGACGUGCUAAGAACACUAUGAAUACAAAUUCAGAAAUCGCCGAAAAGAAAUUAUUUAAUAGCAGUCCAGAUCGAACAUUCAAAACGAAAUCGGUUGGAGGCAGUGCGAGUCCACGGUUUAUAAUGAAAUCAGUUAGUGGAGAAACAGAAAAAGCUGGGGCAUUUAGGAGGAAUUCUGUCGAAAGGAGGAAUUCUAUUGUUACUGAGGCGGGAAUGGAAAUGAACUCGAAUUACUGGAAAUUUUACAAUGAUGUUAUUCUUGAUGAGAUGAAAAAAAGCCAAGAAGUGGAUGAAUGUUUGCGUGAUGGCCCCAAGACAUUUCGACAAAUAUUCAACAUGUUCAUCGAAGGUGAUACUUUUGCUUAUUACUCGUACAUGGUUGAUUUUAUCAUUGUCCGUUCACAUCUUUACGAAAUAGACGAAGACCGUGUCUGGAUGAGAAACCAUUUAUUUCGUUCCGAAAUGCUCAAAUUUCUUCGUUACAUUGAUGAAAAAUCCAGAGAAAACAUUACCGUCCAUACAUUACGUAAAUUGAUCAGUGCUAAUGAUGGUGAUUUUGUGGAAGAAAUGGUGAGUUAUGCUGAAAAUGCAGACAUAUUUCUAAAAUUCAUCGAGAAACAUGCAUCGCUCAUUGAAUUAGCCGAAGCUUGUGGUGAGCAGUUUAUCUUUUUAAGGGGCACUUAUAUUAGCGAUUGGAACAUUUUCUUGCCCAAAUUCCACUUUCCACGAUCUCUUUCUAACCACUGA